AGCGGUGGGAAGGACAGCUGCCACAACCUGCUGCACUGCGUCGCCAAUGGCCACCAGGUGGUGGCACUCGCCAAUCUGGCGCCGCCCGAGCAGCCUCACGAUGUCCUCGUUUCAGAUGAGCUCGACAGCAUGAUGUACCAGACAGUUGGCCACGAGGGCAUUGAGCUGCUGGCCGCCGCGCUGGACAAGCCCCUCUACCGCGAGGCCAUCGUCGGUGCCUGCGUGUCUGACACAAAGACGUACCAUCGUGCCGAGCGGGAUGAGGUUGAAGACAUGGAUCGCCUCUUCCAGCGAGUGAUCCGAUCCCAUCCUGACGUCGAGGCCGUGUCUGUUGGCGCCAUCCUCUCCGAUUACCAGCGAACUCGCGUCGAACAGGUCGCGGCCCGCCAUGGCAUUACCGUCCUCAGCUACCUGUGGCAACGCGACCAGGCCGAGCUCCUUGCCGAAAUGGUCGCAAGUGGCCUUGAAGCCAUUGUCAUCAAGGUUGCAGCUAUGGGCCUGAUGCCUCGCAAGCAUCUGGGCCAAACGCUCGGCAUGCUCAGCCCAACCCUUCACAAGCUCCAUGACCUGUACGAGGUGCAUGUAUGUGGUGAGGGUGGCGAAUAUGAAACCUUUGUUCUGGACAGUCCGCUGUUUACACGUCGUCUCGUUGUCGAGGAAUCCACCACCAUUAUCCAUUCCGACGACGCCUUUGCUCCCGUCGGCUACCUUCAGUUGCAACGACUCGCGCUUGUCGACAAACCGGGGCACGUCGUUCCUGAUGCCGACGCCGCCCGUACUUUG